UGUGGCGAUUUUCAAAGGUACUUAGAUACAUGUAUCUUGCUGGCUUAAUAAUCCAAAUUCUUCGAUACACCCCCCACCUACCCCCUAUCUUUCAUUCAUGCAUCGAAAAUACAGAGUACUUGUCAUCAACACCUGCGAUUCAAUUCAACCAGUCAUCUAAGAUGAUGCAUCGCAUCUUUAAGAAAUUUUUUAUGAUGAAUCAUUGAUGUUAUUUCUAAUAUCAUCAAGAAUUGAAGUUUUACAAAAAAAAAAUCGUAUGACAGAAGUUGUGUUGGCGUCAAUGUUCUGGAUGUUGUGGGACGUUGUGUAGAAUGUUCUGGUCAAUUCUCGCAACUUCACGUACUAUCGUGAGUCGACUUGUCGCUGCGACAACGAGAAAGAACGUUACUGAACCUCGUAAUAUGUACCCCCCCACCAAUCGAAUAGUCCAUCUCAUUCUAGAUGAAUUUAGAUUAUUCCAAUGAUUAUUCAAUCACCCACUCCAUAGUUAUUUCCUGAACAUCGUAGAAAGUGCGUCCAGUACUGCCUCGCAAUUAUUUAAGGCAGCUUCAGACAUCGUGAGACUUCUUUCCUUCUUUCCUCAGAUCAGACAAAAAACAAAACAUCAAACACACUCACAACAAUCAAAGCAUUUUAUGCAAUCUACUCGCGCCAUUACUUCUAAAGUAAAACCGCAUCGCAUCAUCAACGCUACCAAGCACUUCAAACCAAUAACCACUACAACCACCACUUUAUCACCACACAACAACAUCCACACUACAUCCAAAAUGGCCAUGUUCGGACCUCGAUUCUACACCGCGGAGCCCAACUUCACGGGUCUCUUCCGCCUCAUCGACGACUUCGACAAGUACGCCCUGCAGAACAACACCACCGGCAGCGGCCAGGGCCCUCGUCACGCGCGCCACCACCUCCCGACCUUCACCCCCAAAUUCGACAUGAGGGAGACCGAGCACAACUACGAGCUCCACGGCGAACUCCCCGGCAUCGAGAAGGAGAACGUGCACGUGGAGUUCACAGACGCGCAGACCAUCGUCGUCCGCGGCCGCGUCGAACGCUCUUACGAAGCAGGCACCCCGCCCGCCGGGCUCCUUGAAAAAGCGCCCGAGACCCCCGCCGCUAUCGCUGAGGCCCCGAAGGAGGGCGAGCCCGACCACCAUGACAAGGCGCACCAGCCUACCGUCGAGGACGACACUACCGAGGGCGAGCCGACCCCGGCUACUACCACCGUCAGCGUGGCUGAGACGGAGAAGGUGGAGCAGCAGCAGCAGCCCAAGCAACCCGGCCACAAGUUCUGGGUCUCCGAGCGCAGCGUCGGCGAGUUCUCCCGCACGUUCCAGUUCCCCGGCCGCGUUGAUACCGAUGGCGUUGCCGCUUCGCUGGAUAAUGGUAUCUUGACUGUUGUUGUGCCGAAGGCGAAGAAGCAUGAGGGACGUCGCAUUCUGAUCAACUAGGGAGGCUGAUGAGAGGGUCUGGGUAUAUACCUAGUCCUUAGACACGCUUUUCUAUUACGACUGUCGAUUUUCCGCUCCUUUUAAUAUCGGGUUGAGAACUACGCGCUCCUUUCUCUGAUUUGGGAUGAUACGACUUCACGACAUCGAGUCGCUUCCUAGCACGGAGUUUAUGGGUGGAAUGGCACUUCUCUCUUUGCAUCGCUGGGGCGUCUGACGAUCUUUACUUGGUGGAAAGAGAAAAAAAGGUUCAUGGAGGGUUUUCUGAUUUCUACGGUCUGGCUUUUUCUGAUUCGAAUGGUAAUGGGUUCAGAUUGUUUGUGGAGGAGGAAGUCGCUGGUAGUGCUAUAGUUCAAUCCAUUGCUUCUUAAUACAAUAAGUU